GUAAAUGCGGUGAAGAGUUCAAGCGGGAGCAAGGAUAAACGGCCGUCAUGGCGUCGUCUGGGGAUGUUGUUGCCCCGGUAAAGACUGUCGAUAAGCUCAAAUAUCUAGAGAAGUACAUGUCCGGGAAGGAAAAGAAAAAGAAAAAACGAGCAAAGCCUUCGGUAACACAAAGGUUGCGAAUACUGGACGACGACGUCGACUUGAAGCACAUCCCCUCGGCACACAGUCGCGAAGCAACACCCGAAGACGACGAACCUCUAGUUGCGUCUGUUAUCGACGACAGACCUCUGCAAGCCCGUGUAGCGGAGCAGUAUACGCCUGCCCAGUGGAAAAAGAUUGGCAAAGAUGCAGACAAGGAAGAAAUUGGUGCAUCUGCUGAGAAAAGAAGAUCCGACGACAGUGAUGCGUCACCUCCGCGGAAGCGGCUGGCUUGCUACAGAAGCAGGCACGAUUCCGACAGUGACCUCUCCCCGGAACGGCCAAGUACAAACGCAGAAUCAACGGGCAAGCGCGAAGAAUUGGCAAGGAGCCACCGGAGCAGAGGAACACCGCCUGUGGAAUCGAAAAGUUCCCGUCGCAAGCCAUCCCCCCAGAAGGCUAGACAGCGUUCAGGCAGUGAGUUAUCUCCGCAGCGAAGGCCCGUGUCACCAACGAAAUCUAAGAGAGAGAUAGAAGAGUCCCAUCAAAAGCAUCAUUCAUCGUCAUCAUCGAAACACAGUCAAAGCAAAGAAGCUUCCUCGGGUAUGCACAAGCAUAGGAGAGAGCAGACGAGCACAUACCGAAGUUCGUCACCAGACCUUUCUGGGGCCAAAGAUGCCAGAGUUAAAGUUAAAGUGGAACCGACUGAUGAAACGACAGAAAGAGAGAACAGCAGAAACAAAAGUGAUGGCAAGCACAGCAGAAGACAUGCAUCGAAUGACUCACCUGACUCGCCUCCAAAAUCAAGAAGAGGCCAUACUGAUUCUGAACACAGCUCAUUCAAAAACAGGACUCGCAACCAUGACAAAAGACAUCAUUCACCCAACCACAAGGAAGUGUGCGUAAAGGUGGAACCACCCUCUCCGAGCGAUGACCGUGAUGUUGAGAGGGUGCCACGAGUGAGACACGACUCUGACAGCGACUUGUCACCAGUGAGGACUUCCGGUGCUGCUGGAAACACUGACAGCGACCUUUCGCCUGAACGUCCUCGAAGAACAGCUGACGGUGUGGCCGGUAAAGGUAGACACGGCUCGGACAGUGACUUGUCACCACCACGUCCAGGCAAGGCACCAGGCAGACGCAAUGGUUCAGACAGUGAUAUGACACCAGUGCGUGAACCUCGCUUUAUGAGUGAGAGCCCAGUGCCGUUCGAACUCCGCGGCUCCGACCCUGUGAAGGUUCCGUGCUCCGAUGGCUCAGGCCACUACCUUGUCGAACCCGAUGAAUUGCGGGAGAAGUUCCGAGUGCGGUCGAAGCAGAGGCCCCACAAAAGUAGAAAGAUAACUAGAAAGAGCUCACCCUCAGUAUCAAAGCGAAAUUCAGAAAAACACGGGAAGGAUGAAAGGGAGAGUACAAAGGCAAAGGGCAAGGAACCGGAAAAAGUGCAAGAAGUUGUGAAGCUUCGAGAUACCACUAAAGCGGACAAAGCCAAGGAGAAAGCUGCCAAAGAAGCGGAAAUGGCGACUAUAUACAGCAAGUGGGGAAAAGGUCUUAUGCAGCAAGAACAGCAGGACCAAAAGCUGGCAGAACACCUUCACGAGAUGUCAAAGCCCUUCAGUCGUUACGAGGAUGACGAAGACCUGGAGAAACAUCUGAAGGACCAGGAGAGAGAAGGAGACCCGAUGCUAAACUACAUUCGAAAGAAAAAGAAGCAAAAGGGAAAUGAUGCUGCUGGUCGUCCCGCAUACAGUGGGCCGGAGCCUCCGCCAAAUCGCUUUGGCAUUCGUCCUGGCUACCGUUGGGAUGGAGUGGACAGGUCAAACGGCUUUGAGAAGAAACUGAUUGAUACAAAAAAUAAUAAGAAGGCAACAGAGGAAAUUGCGUACAAAUGGAGCGUAGAGGACUUGUAGCUGUCCUUUUUACAUCUGUUUUUACAUAAAAUGUUAUUUAAAUAAAGAACCUUUGUGUCCUC